GGCAACGAUAUGGCUGGCUCCAUGUCGAAUUUUGCCUCACAGGCUGUGCUCAAGCGCAAAAGAACAGUCGAUAUCAGUGAUCUUCAGAACAGCGCUUCGCCAUCCACGGCAGAGCAAACUGCAACCGACAGCAAUGCAGAGCCUCAAUAUGAGCCAAGUGAAGCAUUGAAUAAUAAAUUUAAUACUAGAAGAGCAAGAUCUACAGAACUAUCUCCAUUCACACAAACCAACAACAAAGGCACCGACAGCAACAGCACCAAAACAAGCCGUGCGCCUCGCCAGCCCAGAAAACCAAAAGCCUCUUCCAAAAGAACGCCAUCAGCUCCAUGGCCUGAUGAAUUCAAAGACCUUGCACGGACGCAUCGCGCCUUGAAUCUUGUGUACACGUUCUGCUGCACGCGGAAGCAUUUCGCCACUACGUUUAAUAACAUUAAGAAUGCGGUCCAGGCGCAGUUGGGUGGAAAAAGCGAACUGACAGUGGAAGAUAUCGCGAGGAUGAAAGCCCUUUUACCUAGGGCUAUGAGGUUGGAGUAUGUGGAUGAGGCGAGGUUGAAGGUUAUGGCUGUUGGGGAGAAUGAGAUGCUUGAUUACAAGCUGAGGGGGUUCGAGGAUGGGAGUAUGAGCCAAAACAACUGGAUGGGGACAGAUGGAGGGGAAGGGACAGAUGCUGAAGGGAUAAUGGAAGUCCUGUUUUUUGAAUUCCUCGAUGGCGAUUUGAAGCGGGAGACUCAGCCGGUGCGGAGAAAGACGAAGGAAGAAGAUCUGAGAAUGCCGCUCUACAGCCAGAAGCAGAUGCUAAAGUUGAUUGAGAAACGGAAUACGAAAUUUUCAGAUGCUGUUGAUGCGUUCCUGGUUGAAUGCGAGGAUGAGGGUUUGGAGCCAGUCGAGCAAUUGGAGCACAAGAAGGAUAUGAUGGUUCCAUCGCCUCCUGAUAGUGGUGUUGAUACUCCCGCUGCUAUUUUGGCAUCGUCAAAGCCACAACUGCCACGCGAGAUUCCGAGGGAACGAAAAUCCAUAGCUGAGAUCAUCGAAGAGAUUCGAGAACUAGAUUGGUACUCUGCCCAGAUUGUCCCAGAUGGUCACAGGGCCUUCGAUGCUCAGCCAUCUGUCUAUGGUAAUUUAUUGUUCCAGCUUACCCAGAAUAUGGUCGAUGCCCUAUAUAACACCAAGGGUAUUACGCAGUUUUAUUCACACCAGGCCGAAGCAAUCAACCAUCUGCAUGAAGGUCACAAUGUCAUCGUUGCUACGUCCACGAACUCUGGGAAGUCAUUGAUAUACCAAGUUCCCAUGCUGCACGAGCUUGAGAAAGAUCAUAAUAGCAGAGGAAUGUAUAUAUUCCCGACCAAGGCUCUAGCGCAGGACCAAAGACGUAGUUUGAAAGACCUGCUACAGUACAUGGAUGGUUUACAGGAAACCGUUGUGGAAACAUUCGAUGGAGAUACACCCAUGGAAGAUCGCAACCUGAUCCGCGAGGAAGCACGUAUCAUCUUCACCAAUCCUGAUAUGUUGCAUAUUACGAUUCUAUCUCGGGAAAGUGCGUGGCGCACGUUUCUGCAAAAUCUCAAAUUCGUCGUAGUAGACGAAUUGCAUGUCUAUAAUGGCCUAUUUGGCUCGCACGUUGCACUUAUCAUUCGACGGUUACGCAGGCUUUGUGCUGCUGUGGGUAACCAGAAUGUCAAAUUCAUCUCUUGCUCGGCAACCGUCGCAAACCCUGAAGAACACAUGAAGGCCGUUUUUGGCAUUGACGAUGUGAAAUUGAUAGAUUUCGACGGUUCACCCUCCGGCCGCAAGGAGUUCUUAUGUUGGAACACACCCUUCAAGGAUCCAGGAGAUCCGACAUCAGGGCGUGGAGAUUGCGUUGCGGAGACUGCGAAGCUUUUCUGCCAACUAAUCGCACGAGGCGUCAGGGUCAUUGCGUUUUGUCGGGUCAGGAGAUUGUGUGAGAUCCUUCUCCAGGCUGUGAGGAACGAAUUCCAUAACCUUGAGCGCCCCGAAAUCAGUAAACUAGUAAUGGGAUAUCGAGGCGGCUACAGCCCACAAGACCGGAGAAGAAUCGAAAAAGAAAUGUUCGAAGGCCAGCUGAUGGGCAUCGUUGCGACGAACGCUCUCGAACUGGGCGUUGAUAUUGGCUCUCUCGAUGCCGUUAUCACCCUUGGUUUCCCAUAUUCGAUCUCUAACCUGCGCCAGCAAAGUGGUCGAGCCGGACGCAGGAAUAAGGAUUCACUUUCAGUGCUGGUUGGCGACAAAUACCCAACAGACCAGUACUACAUGAAGAACCCCAGUGAGCUAUUCACGAAACCGAAUUGCGAGUUGCAAAUCGAUCUUGCAAAUGAGCUUAUCCUGGAAGGACACGUCCAAUGCGCAGCGUUCGAGAUGCCCAUCCAACCAAAUCAGGACAGCGUCUACUUUGGAGAGAAACUUCCAUCAUUGGCAGCUACUAGACUGGUCAAAGAUGAGUUUGGAUUCUACCAUUGUCAUGAGCGAUUCAGGCCGCAGCCCUCCCGGUACGUCUCUAUCCGGGAUACAGAGGACCAGCACUUUGCUGUUAUAGACACGACUCACGCGAGGAACGUGGUUCUGGAAGAAGUUGAAGCGUCGCGGGCAUUUUUUACAAUAUACGAAGGUGGCAUCUUCCUACACCAAGGCCAAACGUACCUGGUCCAAGAACUCAACACGGACAGACGAUUCGCUCGCGUCGUCCGUGUCCAUGUGGACUGGACCACGAUGCAGCGGGAUUACACCGAUAUCGAUCCAAUCGAGACGGAAGCAAUGCGCUUAACUAGUGACAAGGGCCCCUCUUCUUCAUCUUCAUCACCACCUUCCCAUGUCUACUACGGCUCUGUUCAAAUCCACGCCGUCGUAUACGGCUAUUUCAAAAUUGACAAACGCGGCCGGAUUCUCGAUGCAGUAGCAGUCGACAACCCACCCAUCGACAUCGUCACCAAAGGUAUUUGGCUCGACGUUCCCAAACGGGCCCUCGACAUUCUCGACUCCAGACGUCUGAAUAUCGCCGCUGCGAUUCACGCCGCCGAACACGCCGUGCUCUCUUUACUCCCUACCUUCGUCAUCUCGUCUCCAGGCGACGUCCGCACAGAAUGCAAGGUAGCCAAGAAAGAGCUAGGGAAGAACCUUAAGCUCGCCAAUGAGACCCCUACUGGCAAUGCCAACAUCAACGCUCAUCGACCACGAACUCAAAAAACCAGAGACCUCCAACCGCCAUCCCGAAAACGCCCUGCUCGUCUUACCUUUUACGAUGCGAAAGGUGGAUUCUGCGGUUCUGGGAUAGCUGGUAAAGCCCUCGAGUUCAUCGACGUUCUCAUACGCCGUGCCAUAUCCCGAAUUGAAUCAUGUCAUUGUAUCACGCCCCAAGGCUGUAUUGAGUGCGUCUGCGACGAGCGCUGCAAGGAGAUGAACGUUGUUAUGAGCAAAGCGGGUGCCAGUGUGGUACUGAGGUGCUUGUUGGGUUUGGAAGUUGAUGUUGAUGCCUUGCCUUGGGGGGAGAAAUAUUUCGAAGAUGAGGGGGUUGAUGGUGGUAGUAGUGGUGUUGGCGGGGAAUUGGCAGGUGGGUUGGAAACAGUCGUUGAGGCACAGAAGAUUCCAUGGAAGAGGGGAUACUCGCCUCCUUUGUGACAUUUCGUUGGUUUGAGGUCGUGUUCGCCUCAGCCCGAUAUGACACUAUGUCGUGGUUGCGAUUUCUGUACAGGGUAUUGACUAAAUGACCGGUUCUAUGUACAUCGAUAUCACCAAAUGCAGAUGCAAAUUGGUUCAAAGAGAGCUUCCGUAUCUGUGUAACUUUUCCA